AUGAAGGAUGAAUACGAUGCCCUCUUGAGGAAUCAAACAUGGUCUUUGGUUCCAGCCACCUCUCGAAUGAAUAUUGUGGGAUGCAAGUGGGUUUUCAAAGUUAAACGGAAAGCCGAUGGCUCUAUUGACCGCUACAAGGCUCGGCUUGUUGCCAAGGGAUUCAAUCAACAUGAAGGAUUUGAUUAUGAGGAAACAUUUAGCCCGGUAGUUAAACCGGCCACCAUUCGCACUAUCUUGUCUCUGGCUAUGUCUUAUAACUGGUCUAUUCAGCAGCUUGAUGUUCAGAAUGCCUUCUUGAAUGGGUAUUUGCAAGAAACGGUGUAUAUGAAACAACCUCCUGGUUUUCAUGAUUCCUCGCGUCCUCAAGAUGGAUUUGUUCACAGUCACUCUGAUGCAUCACUCUUUAUUCAUCGCUCAUCUUCCUACACAAUCUAUGUUCUUGUAUAUGUGGAUGACAUCAUUGUCACCAGGUCUGACACUCAAAGUGUCCACCGAUUUCUUGAUCAAUUGUGCUCCACCUUUGACAGUCGCCGAAUGGUUGAUUUAUUGAAACGAUUUAACAUGACUGACUGCAAACCGUGUCCUACACCGUUGCCUUCUGACACUCGAUUGUCCUGUACGGAUGGUGAUCCCUUAUCUGAUCCCUCUACCUAUCGGAGUAUGGUGGGUGGCCUCCAAUAUCUUACUCUAUCACGGCCUGAUAUUUCCUUUGCUGUUAAUCAGGUGUGUCAGUUCAUGCACGACCUUCGUUCUUCUCAUCUUCAGAUUGUCAAGCGCAUUUUUCGGUAUAUCAAAGGUAAAGUUGAGCAAGGUCUUGUGUUUCACCGGUCCAAUGACUUUACUUUACGCAGUUUCUCUGAUGCUGAUUGGGCUGGUUCUGUUGAUGAUAGACGGUCUACCACUGGUGCUUGUAUUUUUUUCGGACCUAAUCUUCUCACCUGGACUGCCAAGAAACAGUCUACUGUUUCUCGUUCUAGCACUGAAGCUGAAUAUCGUGCUCUUGCCCAUACUGCCGCUGAAAUCUGCUGGUUUGGUUUCUUGUUUCGUGAACUUGGUAUUCCUCUUAGCUCUGCCCCUUGCGUAUAUGUUGAUAAUCUCUCCGCCAUCUGUAUGGCUGCCAAUCCUAUUUUCCAUGCUCGCACCCGUCAUAUUGAGAUCGACUAUCAUUUUGAUCGCGAACUCGUUGCUCGCAAAGCUCUUCAUACCUUUUAUGUUCCCUCCUCUCAUCAGAUUGCUGACAUAUUCACCAAAGGCCUUAGUCGUGAGCGAUUUUCUCUUCUUAAAUCCAAGCUCAAUCUUCGCGUUGCUCCAGAAAGAGAUAAUCAGCUUGAAGAGAUUGGGAGAAAAAUUGUUAAAAAGUGCAAUGGUUUGCCUCUUGCUGCAAAGACCUUAGGUAGUCUCAUGCGAUAUAAGAAAACCAGAAAAGAAUGGGUAGAUGUUUUGGAUAAUAAGAUAUGGGAGUUAGAAGAAGUUGAACAACAGGUUUUUCGAUCACUAUUCCUAAGUUAUUAUGAGUUGAGUCCGGCUGUCAGACAAUGUCUUUUAUUUUGUGAUGUUUUCCCAAAAGAUUAUGAGUUUGAUAGAAAUGAGUUGAUUGAGUGUUGGAUGUCACAAGAAUAUCUUAGUAUGAAAGGAGAUAAAGAAAAAGAAAGAAUGAUAGGCCAACAGUACUUUGAUAACUUAGUGAUGCGUUCUUUUUUCCAAGAUUUUGUUAAAGGCAGAAUGGAUGAUGAUAUUAUAGGCUGCAAAAUGCAUGAUAUUGUGCAUGACUUUGUACAGUUUCUCACCAAAAAUGAAUGUUUUAUUAUGGAGGUGGUGGAAAGUGGUAAAGAGAAAAACAUGGUAGUCGAUAAUAAGGUUCGUCAUUUGAACAUAAUGUCAACAUACAAUGAUUCGUUUCCUAUUUCAAUCUACAAUUGCAAAGGAUUACGGACUUUGGUAAUUUCUACUUUGAAACUUGGUCCAUUACACUCAGACUCAUUUUCACAAUUGAAAAGUCUUAGAACGUUAAAGUUGAAUCUAAACUCAAUCAAAGAAGUUCCCGAAAGUAUUGGUGGACUAGUACAUUUGCGGUAUCUCGAUUUAAGUGAGAAUAUGGAAUUGAAAGAAUUACCCAAUUCUGUGGGUAAUUUAUUCAAUCUGGAAUCAUUGCGUCUCAGGUGCUGUAUGGGACUCAGAGAACUACCGGUGAGCAUAAGAAAGUUGGUUAACUUAAAGCAUCUUUAUAUUGAGGGGUGCCGUGAGCUAAAAUUACCAAAAGAGAUUGGAAGAUUAAGAAAUCUGCAAAUCUUAGAUAGGUUGUAUCUUCAAGACGGUGGCGAGGAUGAUGAUGGAAUUUUCAAGUUAGGGGAUUUGGGAAACUUGGAGCAGCUUUCAGGGAGCCUUCGUAUAGCAAACUUGAAGUCAGCGAAAGAUGGGAGUGAGGCUAAAAAUGCAGAAUUGGUGAACAAGAAGAACCUCCUUCAUUUGACUCUAGAGUUCGGGCACGACUAUGCUUUCGAUGAGGCGGAUUUAAAGGAUGAAGAAAUACUGAAUGGUUUUCAAGUGUAUACAAACUAG